AUGGCCGGAUUUGUGCCCGUUGCCGGCUCCCUUGCCGACAUCUAUCCGACUGCUGCUUUGGCUACAGAAGCACCGAGAUGGAACAACUUGCUCUCCUCAUUUGAGAAAGCGUACGGUCACAAAGCCACAUUUAUUGCGCGUUCCCCAGGGAGAGUAAACAUCCUCGGCGAGCACAUCGAUUAUUCGCUAUACUCAGUCUUGCCCAUGGCUAUCACAGCGGAUGCCAUCAUGGCCGUAUCGUCAGCCCCCGUUGCAGAGGGGGCCUCUACGCUCAAAGUGAGGAUUGGGAACGUGGAAGACUCCAAGUUUGCCGCAAACGAGUUUGACGUGCCCGUCGAUGCCGACGUCGAGAUUGAUGCUUCAAAGUUUGAGUGGACCAAUUACCUCAAGAGUGGACUUCGUGGUGCCAUGCAGCUGCUUCGAAAAAAGCAUGGUCAAGAGUUCAAGGGCGUCAACAUGGAUAUCAUGGUUGAUGGCACAGUCCCUGUUGGCGGAGGGCUAAGCUCCAGCGCCGCCAUUGUUACUACCAGUGCUCUCGCCGUCAUGAAAGCCAACGGCGUGGAUGCGGUGGACAAGACAGAAUUGACGGAGCUGGCUAUUGUAAGCGAGCGAGCUGUCGGCGUCAACUCUGGCGGCAUGGACCAAGCGGCAUCCGUGUUUUCAGAGCCAGGUUCCGCCCUGUUUGUAUCAUUCAGUCCCCGGCUUGAGGCUCGUCCAGUUAAAAUCCCCCCAACCCGGCCAGAGCUAUGCUUCCUUAUUGCGCAGAGCUUUGUCACUGCGAACAAACAUGUCACUGCCCCUAUUCACUACAAUCUUCGUGUCGUUGAAGUGAGUUUCGCGGCAGCAUACUUGAAUGCCGUUCUCAACCCGUCGGGGACGCGCCUACCCGUUGAUGCUGGGCCGUUAGGCAUCAGUCUUCAGGGGUUUCAUGACACGUACUUUUACCACGCCAACGCAUCCGACUACUCAGCCGCGAAGAGCCUGACAAAAGAAGAAGAAUUAGAGAAGCUCAUUACCGUUACGAAGGAUACCCUCACUCAGGAAGAGGGAUACACCCGAGAGGAGAUCGCCGAGGUUCUCAAUGUGACGGUGCAAGAACUCGAAAACCGAUUCACGGCCAAAAUACCCAUUAGAGCAGAGAGAUUCAUGCUGCGACAGCGGGCUCUCCACGUCUUUACCGAAGCACUGCGCGUUCUGAAGUUCCUGACCCUUCUAGAGCGCCCUGUGCACACCGGGGCAUCGGACACAACGCUCUUCAACAAGGAGUUGGGAAGCAUUAUGAACGCAACCCAGGACUCUUGCCGUAUCCUCUAUGAAAACAGCUGCCCGGAGAACGAAAAAAUCUGCCAGAUUGCCCUAGAAGCUGGGUCAUAUGGAAGUCGUCAAACGGGGGCUGGUUGGGGUGGGUGCAGCGUGCAUUUGAUCUCAGUGGACAAGGUGGAGCAAGUGAAGGCAGCGUUGGAGCGUGAAUACUACUCCAAAAUGAAACUCACAGAGGACCAAAAGGCUCAGGCAAUGGUCGGCCGGAAGUGA